GACGAUGAAUGACAGCUCACUCAACCUAUAGAGAGAGACAGAGAGGGAGAGAGCAAACAAGCAGUAGAGAGAAAAGAGAGCAGAAACGCAGGUGUGCUGACACACAACACACAGCAGAAGACCCUCCACUCUCUCCAGCUCCGUCUCUCUGGCUGAAAUCAGACGCUCUGCUAGAAUGAGGAUCCUGUCUGCUCUGCUGGUGCUGCUGCUGCUCUGCUCUCUCCAGCUGACCUCUAGUGCUCCAGCUUGUUUGUGUGGCUGCUGUCCCCAUUGGACUAACAUGGAGAUCCCUCUGGACCUGGUGGAGUCCUACACAUGGACACCCGAUGAAUGCCAUACUAAAGCCAUUAUAUUUCAUACUAAAAAAGGAAAGACGUUGUGUGUGGAUCCAGACUCUGUGUGGGUCAGGAGUUAUAUUGCUGCUUUGGACAAACGCACACAUUGGUAGCACAGAACUCUAAAACUACAGUUCCCACAAUGCUCUCACUUACAAAGCUACUUUAACUCAUUGCUUUGUAGAUGUCAGGUUGUGACCUAAUGAAACACUUUCUGAUAGAAGAUUCUGAAGAAGUUGUGAAAAUGUCACACUUGUACCAUCAAAGUAAAUGCAAAAACGUAUUAACAGUGA